UGGUUUACAUCUCCGAGCUUUUAUCGCUCGUUUAUCGUUUUGGGAAGUUUUUGUUGAUAAGAGGAAGAGAAGUGAUUCAGAAUGAUCACGUCAGCGGAUGAAAGACCCUCAAAGCUCCGUCUUUCCAGGUCAGAAUCGGAUGCAGGAAAGAGGAAAUUGAAGCUGUUCAUGGGUUCAUCUGUAGAUCAACAAGUCUUUGGCAUUACUAAUGGUGUCGGCUCAUGGACUAAGAAGGGAAUUGAUGCUGGAGAAUAUGUUCGGGAGCUCAUGACUAAUUCUGUAAUGGCAGUCAAAGAAGCAAUCAUUGGGUGUUCGGUAAAUCCAUUGAAUGUACUAGAAAAAGCCUUCUCAAACACCAAUUCUCAAGGCUCUUCUACAGUCUACUGCUUGUAUUGUAGCCAUGGCAGAUGAUAACUGCAUACAUUAUGCAAGCGUAGGAGACAGUGGCUUCAUAGUGAUCAGAGGGGAAGAAAUCAUCUUCAGUUCUCCAUCACAGCAACGCCGGUUCAAUUACCCAUUUCAAUUAGGGAAACAUUCUCAUAGUGACAAUCCCAGUGUAGCUUGUGAAUCCAAAGUUGAAGUUGAAGAAGGAGUUAUUAUUGUUGCAGGCACUGAUGGACUAUUUGAUAAUCUAUUCCAAGAAGAAAUAAUUAACAUUGUAAACCAAAUAACUAUUGCAUUGGGAUGUAUCCAUACUUUGUGGCUCGGUUGAUUGCUAAUGAUGCAAAGACCAGUUCCAAAGACGGGCAUCGUUGCACUCCCUUCUCAGUCUCUGCUAAGAAGGUUGGCUAUCAUCAUUCAGGUGGCAAAAAAGAUGACAUCACAGUUGUUGUUGUUGCCUUCAUUGUCUCAUCAUCCUAUGCUUAAUUUGCCACUUGUACAAUCACUUAGAAAGAAAUAAAAGGGGAAAACAAGAGUUUCAAAGCAUGAUUUGUUUAUUGUUUAUAGUUGAAACUAGCUGCAUAUUGGCUGUGGAUAUUUGCCCACUUUGAGUUUUUUUUUUAAACUAAUUUUUUCUCAUAUUUCGUAUAUUUUUCUUGGUAUGCAAA